UCUGCGCGGUCCGCCGGGAGCCUCUCGGUGGCGCGGCCCCAGCGGGAGGGGGUGGGGGCGGCGCGGGGGCGGCCUCGGUGUCCCUGCGGGCCCGUGGUGACCCCGGCGCGCGUUCCGCCGGUGGCUGCAGUGUUCGGGGCCGCUCUGGGGCGGUCCGUUGAGAUCGGAGAUGCCGAGGUCUUGGGGGCGGCCGAGGGGCGGAGGAUUCCGGAGAGGGGUCCCUGGACGCCGCGCGCGGCGGGUCCUGCGGUUUGGAGCGCGGCCGCCGGAGCGCACGAGUGCGGAGGACUGCUGAGGGGCCUGCGGGGGUCGGCGAGUGGGGUCGGGUGAGGAACCGGAGCCUGUCCGGCUGAGGGCUGGCGGGACAGGCGGCGACGGCGGACUGGGUCUGCCGUGAGUGCGGCCGCGGUGAGCGCUCGUGCACCUGUUAGGGCCGCGGUUGGGGUUCUGCAUUAGGGGUGAGUGGCGGGGCCCUGCAGGCUGAGUUGGCCUGAAGCUGCCUGGAAUGUGGACGUCAGAGAUCUGGACUUGGGGUGCCUGCAGUGAUCGGGGCAGCCGUCAAGGGCAGAGAUGGGGUGCCUGGUGGGGUUAGUGAAGGACAAGUGGAAUUUGCUGAUUGGAGGGACCACGAAGUUGAGUGUCUGUGGGGUGACCGCCUUGCGGAUUGCUGGGGCUUGCGAGAGCUCUGCGAGUGGGGGGACAUUACUGGAGGAGGAUUUUUCUCAUUAACUUGUUACUGAGCCUUAGGGAUGAGUGGCUUGGGGGCCAGUGGGGGCCUGGGGGGUGCUGUGUGUCAGGAACUGUAGGCUCCUGCGGAAGUGAGUGUAGGAUGUCCGUUUACAUCAGUGACUGGGGAAUCAGAGAACAGGAUUAGGGUGCCUGGUGGGCGAGGAACUCGGGACUACUAGGGAUGAUUGAGUGAUUGGGGAGGCCCGGGCGUCGAUCAUUGCAAGAGUCCUUGGGCGCCUGGCUGGCUCUACCCAGUCGGUAGAGCUGGGACUCUUGAUCUUAGGGUCCUGAGUUCGAGCCCCACGUUGGGCAUAGAGCUUGCUUUUUAAAAAGAGAGAGAAAGAGAGAAUAGUGACCGGGCAACUAUGGGAUGAAUCAUUUGGAAGCUUGGGGGUGGAGGUCACAGAUUAGUUGACAUUUGGCUGCAACUGGGGAGCCAUGAGGCUGACUGAGGACAAAAUAUGUUUGGACAACUGGGGAGACAGUAUGUGGGGAGAAUCUGACCAGUCAUCAGGAAGCUGUGGGGGUUAAUAAGUGUGAGGGUGAGUGAGGGAGUUGUUGGUGUAAGUGACAAGGUUGUGGGAGUUAGUGAUGGGACAAUGGUGUCUGAGUGACUGAGACUCAACAGAGCUUGCUGGGAGUGUGAUCAGUGGGGUAGAUGGUGAAGGGCUGUGGGAUUGCCUGGGAGGUCUUUGAGGUUAAUGAUUGCGUGGGGUUGGGGGUCAGUGAUUGAAGAGUAGGGAUGCCACGGUAUUGGGUAUUGGUUGAGAGCUGAUUGGGUGACCUAUAUGAUACGAUCACAGGUCUGUGUUUAUAUUUCUGUGUCUGAAAGUGGGUUUACUGUUUAAAGUGGGUUUGCAGUUUAAAAAUUUAAGAAGACUUUAGAUCACAUUUUUGUCAUAUCAGCAUGGUUUCUAUCACCCUGACGUUGCUAUUGAUGGGUGUUUUCUGAUUUCUCUCUAAUCAUGUCAUGUAAUAAUAAGAGCACUAACUAGCAUUUACUAAAUGUUCAUGUGCCAGUCGUAGUUCUAAGGUAUUUACAUGUAUUAACUAAUUUAGAACUCUCAAGAACGUUAUGAGCUUAAAAUGAACUACUUGUAUUUUGAGGAGAAGCUCUGCUAAAUUAUUCGUUUCAUCAACUGCUGGAUUCAGUUUCCUUUUUUAUUUUGCCUUUAUUUAAAAAUGAAAUUGAUGUUCUUAUUUUCUGUUGGGUAUAUAUUUUACACAUACACACAUGGUCUCUAUUUCCCUUCCCCCUUUUGAGAGAGAAUGAGUGCUUGGUGAAAUGCUGCUAUUGAGGCUGUGGAGUUCCUUGUGCAUACCCCACUAUUUUGAGUCCUUGUUAGGUCUGUUUAGAGUCUAUGGAAAACCCACUUUGAGCUUUAAAUGCAGGUGAGUUUCCAGCAAGAGAGGGAUGUUUGCAUCAACUAAGGAGAAUUUGUUAACUGAUUCAACAGAUUGCAGUUUCCAUGAACUAAUUGACUUAUUUGCGAUAAAGAAGUCGUCUCAGGACCAAGGAUCCUUGGUGAGAAGAAUGCUGACCAGAGACCUUUAAUUUGAGCAUUAAGAUAGAGUCCAGAAGAUACGCAGAGUCCACAAGGACAGAGCAGAGCCUGCACUUUCUGGCCAUUUCCCAAGAGUAGCAGAAAAUGACCAAGUCCCAGGGGUCACUGUCGUUUGAGGACGUGGCUGUGGACUUCACGUGGGAGGAGUGGCAGCUGCUGGACUCGGCUCAGAAGACGCUGUACAGAAGUGUGACGUUGGAGAACUUGAGCAGCCUUGUGUCACUGGGGUUUCAACUUAUCAGACCAGAUGUGAUCUCCAGACUGGAGCAGGAGCAGCUGUGGGUAAUGGGUGAAGACAUCCCCAGUCAGAGCUUUUCAGAAUACUGGAAAGCUGAUGAUUACAAAGCAUGGCACCAAGAAAUUCAAGACGGGAUUAAAAAAUUGGAACAAGUCCGUGAAAUGAAUGCAAGUGGGAAAAUAUUUCAGUCUGGUGUGAACCUUGCACCUUUAAAGCAAAAGCCCAAUAAGCGUGUCUCAAAUGGAAAACAUUUGAAAUACUCAUUAGAUUUAUUUACUCAGACUGGAAACUGUGGAAGAAAGAAAGCUGGUAAGGUCAACGGAUACGAGAAAUCCUUUCCCCAUACUGAACGUGAGAAGACUCAUGUUGGAUUAAAAUACUAUGAAUGUAAUGAAUGUGGAAAAGUCAUCAGCAAGAAGUCACGACUCAUUGUCCAUCAGAGAACACACACAGGAGAGAAACCAUUCCAAUGCACUGCAUGUGGCAAAGCCUUUUCCCAGAAGUCGCACCUUGUUACACAUCAGACAGUUCACACAGGAGAAAAACUCUAUGGAUGUGAGUGUGGGAAGGCCUUCUCUAGAAAGUCACACCUCAUCACACAUCAGAGAACUCACACGGGAGAGAAACCGUAUGAAUGCAGCAACUGUAGCAAAGUCUUCUCUCAGACAUCACAGCUCGUCAUUCACCAGCGAAGUCACACAGGAGAGAAACCCUAUGCCUGUGGUGAAUGUGGGAAAGCCUUUAGUGGGAAGUCACAACUCAUUACGCAUAAGAGAACCCAUAUAGAUGAAAAGCCCAACAAAUGCAGUGAAUGUGGCAAGGCCUUCAGAGAGAAGUCAAGUCUCAAUAAGCAUCAGAGAACUCAUUCGGGAGAGAAACCCUAUGGAUGCAGUGAGUGUGGGAAAGCCUUCAGUGGGAAGUCACUCCUCAUCAGACACCAGAAAACUCAUUCAGGAGAAAAGCCCUAUGGAUGCGAUGAGUGUACGAAAGCAUUUAUUUGGAAGUCACAGCUCAUCAUACAUCAGCGGACUCACACAGGAGAGAAGCCCUACGAAUGCGGCAAAUGUGGGAAAGCCUUCUCCCAGAAGUCACACCUCCUCAUACAUCAGCGGACUCACACAGAACAGAAACCCCAGAAACAGAGCGAAUGUGAGAAGCUCUUAAAAAAUAAUCGCACUUCUCUCCACAUCCUAAAACUCAUUUAGAGAAAACUUCUGAAGGCCGUGAGUACAGGAAAGGCCGUGGCGGGAAGCGCUACUUCCCUAAACAUCAGAAUGCCAAAUGGGAGAGCGCGCCUGUGUGCGGUGAACGUGGCAAAGACCACAGAGAAAAGCACUCAGCAAACAGUCUAGUCUCGUUGUAAAUCAAGUUAUUCAUAUUGAGAACAAAAAUAAUGAUUUAAAAGAACGUAGAAAAAUUUGUCCAUAGGAAUGUUACAAAAAAUCAAUUUCCAACUCUGGUAUUGCAUCUUUUAAAGAAAAGAUUAUUCAAUUUUAAAUAAUAAGCAUAUGAAACUUUAAAGAUACGUAUCUGUGCGUAUAUAUAUGUUAGCAAUCAUGACAGUCCUGUAAAGAGCCUGUUGCUUCAGAGGAAUAUUCCUGAGUAUGGCUACAUGUUACAAAUUUAGUUAUUUUCAUAGCACAUGUGAAAUUAAUCUGUGAACAUGGCGUCUGUCAAGAGUGCUACACAGUGUAUAUCAUUUGUCUUGUACCAUAACAGUAGAAGAUCAGCUGGACCAAGCGAUGUAUUUAUUAUUUAACAAAUAGUUUAAGUUACAUUGCCAGAUACUUUUUGGCACAUGUAAAUGAGCUUGAGAACUCUUACCGUGCUCUGUCUACAAUAAUAGAAGCUGGAAUUUUUCAAUAAAAUCUCCUGCCUCCUCUGAGUCACCAGUUUACAUACAGAAUUGUUCAUAUUAGGCAUGCAAGCAAGAAUGUAUGUCAACACACGACUGAGUGAGCAAAAGAAAAGCUCUGAAUUGCAUUGCUCUUCAUCUAAGUACAUGAGAAAUGGGGUUCGUAAAAAUAAAAGACCCACGAAGCUUA